AUGAUAACUUUUCUUUCUUCUGUUAAAAGCAAUUUACAACUAGUAGCAACUGCUAGUAUUUGUAAAAUAUUAGGAGAUUUUGGUAAAAUUAUAUCUCUGUAUUUAAAAGAUGAAACUGAAUGUGUAGUUUUAAAACCAACACGAUCUGAGGAUUUUUGGUUAAACAUUAAAUGUGAAACACUUAAAAAAAGAAUAAGUGAAGUUUUAAAUGUGACAAAUAACCGUACAAAUCUACUAAACAUCACGUUUUGUCCCGAUUUGGACUGCCUAUUUGACGUAUAUUUUGAUGGAUUUCGAGUUGACCUAACCGAUAAACCAUGGAAACUAUUGACUACAAGUAGAUCACGACAUAUGGUAUCUGAACGUUUUGGUGUACCUGAUAUAGCAAUGGGAUUCGGACAAAAAUUCGUAAUUGUGUCUUAUAGGCGACCGGUGAAACGUAUUAAGACAUUUGAUAACUUUACACAAGUAGCAGAACUAAAAUCAAGAAUAUCUGACAAAUUUAAAUGUAUGUCCAUUGGUAUAGAAUCCAUGGUGACGGAUUUUAUUGCAGAGCAUGGAUCACAUUAUAUUGAUGAAUACACAUUAGGAAAUACUGUUUUCCAGGUGUUGGUGUAUCUUCCGGUGUUCUACGACAAGUUCUACAAGUGCGUGGUCAACAACUGUUCGGAAUCGGACACGGCGUUGUUGCUGUCACCACUGUAUACCGAAUACCAGGGACGUGUGACGAGCGUCGGGUCCGACGCGGUGGAGAAAUGGGUCGACACCAACCUACAGGUCGAGUCCAAGCUGGGCCACACGUACAUCAGCCUGUACGGGCUCAAGAACCGACCUGAGCUGUGGAACGAGAUCGUCGCGCUGAUGGACAAGCAGUCGGUGGUCGGGCUGCGACUCAACGUCGUGUCCGCGUUCAUCGACGAGCCAGUCAAGCGGAAAUGGUUCACCGAGGUGCUGGACAACCAUAUGAAACUCCGCGAACUCAACCUCUGA